AUACUGUUCGGUGCGAUGGCCUGGCUGACCACGUCCAACAUGGCCAUGGUCCGUCGCCUGUCGCGCUCGAAACUCGGCGGCCUCCAGAGCACGUCGCAUUCCGUAGCGUUGGGCAACACCCGCAUCAACAGGGUGCAUCCAAUGGUGGUGCAGGCGAAUGUCAACGUCGUCGGUGGCCGUCCACACGACCUGGCAAACGCGACCAACGAAAAACGCAGGAUGGUGACAGAAAUCCGAAGCAUUACGUCGCUGAUCUUCAUCACGGCCGUCAGCUUUGCCAUCUGCCAGAUUUCGUAUGUGUUCUGGCGACUGCUGUGGAUUUUCCAUGGCACGGUCCGAAGCUUGGACGUCUGCGACCAUGUCGACGCGUUUCGAAGCUCCAUGCGCAUGCACUACUUUGUUCAGUUCUCGAUCAUGUCCACGUACGUGUGCGAAGCGAUGAGUCGCUCACUGAACUUUUACUUCUACCUUAUGUUCAACACAUCUUUUCGGAACGAGUUUACGGCCUCGAUCAAAUACCUCUUCUCCGAACUCAUGGCGCUGAAACAGUGCGCCAACUAA